CUGCCAACAAGCCAUAGUACAAAGUCUUCUUGCAGCGUGCAGAGCUCGUGUGUCAAAGAAAUUCAAAGAAAACAAAAAAAAGCAAUAUGUUCAAAUUCGUGUUGAUUGCCAGCCUGCUGGUCAGCGUUGCAUUAGCCGCACCCCUGAAUGACGACAUCGAUCAGGAGGAGAAACUGAGGCUGGAGAAAGAACAGAAUGAGAGUGCACAAUACCAAUUCGGUAGCCAGGUUCGCGAUGGCAUCAACGAUGGUGAGAUCCAGCGUGAGGAGACACGCGACGGCUCUAAAGUCAGUGGCUUCUAUUCCUACUACGAUGGCUUCGUCAAGCGCAAGGUUCACUACGAAGCCGAUGAGAACGGUUACCGUGUGGUGAAGGAGGACAUGGAGGUGGUUGGCGAUGGACCCGUCUUCAAUCCCCAGGGUCAGGCUGAUGUGGAGGGAUCACUGAUCGGCAAAUACUCUAUCAAACUCGAUCAAUCGGAUGAUAAGCACUACAAGGAUAUACGUUCCUAAGCUGUCUGCUGUCGGGCUGCCGAAAGGUUUCUAACAUUUAGAAAUGAACUGAAUACAACUUAAAAUACUCGUUAUUACAGGAACACAUCUAAUCUUAACUAUUUUGUUAUUGUAUUACAAAGACAAGCUAAAUCAGAAAUUUAUAAAGAACUUAAACAACAAACAAAACCAAAUUU